UGCUGAAUUUCACAGACAUUUUGCAUGGAGUCCUUAACAACUCCUGUUGCCAGAACACAUUGCAUACAUACACUAUAUUGCCAAAAGUAUUGGGCCAGCCCUCCAAAUCAUUGGAUUCAGGUCUUCCAAACACUUCCAUAGCCACCUAGGCAUGCAGACUGCUUCUACAAACAUUUGUGGAAAAAGAAUGGGUCGCUCUCAGGAGCUCAGUGAAUUCAAGCGUGGUACCGUGAUAGGUCGCCACCUGUGCAAUAAGUCCAUCCGUGAAAUUUCCUUGCUACUAAAUAUUCCACGGUCAACUGUUAGUGGUAUUAUAACAAAGUGGAAGCAACUGGGAACAACAGCAACUCAGCCACAAAGUGGUAGGCCAUGUAAAAUGACAGCGGGGUCAGCGCAUGCUGAAGCACACAGUGCGCAGAAAGUCGUCAAAGGUCUGCUGAGUCAAUAG